AUGGGGUCUGUUGAGAGAAUCGAAACAAGACUGUUCAUCAAUGGCAAGUUCGUGGAUUCUUCAGACGGGAAGACGUUUCCCUUGAGGUCACCAACAACCAGAGAGGUGAUCGCGGAAGUACAUGAAGCCAGCGAAAAGGACACCGAUGCCGCAGUUGCUGCUGCGAAGGCGGCAUUUCCUGCAUGGUCGGCCUUGUCUCCUGACGAACGUGGAGCAUACAUGAAGAAAUUGGGAGCUUUGUUGCACCAGAGCGGCAAGGAGCUAUCUCGACUCGAGGCAAUGUCCAUGGGCCGGCCAGUGUCAACGUAUUUUGACAACCAUGCUUGUGCAGGCGCCUUUGAGCACUAUGCUGAAGCAGGAUAUGAGGCGCAAGGCGUCAGCAGCCUCAACACGCCUGGUUUCGUCAACAUGACAUUUAAGCAACCGUACGGGGUGGUCGCCGCGAUCAUCCCUUGGAACCUUCCACUGGUCUUUUUUGGAAACAAGGUAGCCCCAGCCAUUGCUGCAGGCAAUACCGUUGUCUUGAAGAGCAGUGAAAAAGCACCACUGUCGUCCGCCUACGUCGCAACUUUGAUCGAGAAAGCUGGCUUUCCACCUGGAGUCAUCAAUGUCAUCUCUGGCCAUGGCCAAACAUCGGGAGCUAUCUUAUCUUCGCACAUGGACGUGAGAGCACUCAGUUUCACUGGAUCGUGUCGGACCGGUAGAUUGAUUCAGGCGGCUGCUGCCAAGUCCAAUCUCAAGAAUGUCGUUCUCGAACUGGGUGGUAAGACGCCUGCCGUCGUGUUCGCCGAUUGCGACUUGGAGAGCGCAGUCGCCGACACACAGAACAGUAUUCAGUUCAACAGCGGUCAAGUGUGUAUGGCCAACAGUCGAAUCUAUGUUGAAGAAAGCAUUGCGCACAAAUUUGUGGAGCUUUUCAAGGCCAAGUUCGCCAACAUCUCCGCAGGUGACCCUCUGGAUCCAACAACGAACCAUGGACCCCAGGCAGAUUCUGCUCAGUGGGAUACUGUGCAGAAGUAUCUUGCGGCAGGGAAAGAUUCCGGUGAACUUGCGUUAGGUGGGACGGCAGAAAUUGGAGGUCUCUCAGGGGGAGCUUCCAAGGGUUACUUUAUCGAGCCAACUGUAUUUCUGCAGACGCCUGAAGAUGCAGCCAUCAUGAAGGAAGAGAUCUUUGGCCCGGUCGUCAACAUCAACACCUUCAAGACAGAAGAAGAAGUUAUCGCUAAAGCGAAUGACAGCGAAUUCGGCCUGUAUGCUGCAGUGUAUACUAAGGAUAUCAGCAGGGCCAUGAGGUUCGCCAAAGUCCUGGAAGCAGGCACCGUGGCCGUCAACUGCACCAGCCCGACUCUUGCCAAAGAUAUGCCGUUUGGUGGCUUCAAGAGCAGUGGUGUAGGCAGAGAAGGCCUGGGACAGAGUCUCAACAACUUCCUCGAGACCAAGACUGUGUUGAUCAAGAUUAGUUGA